UGGUGGAGGACAGUGAUCUGGAGUUUUUCCUGACCACGGCGUCACAUGAAGUGAUAUCAGAAUACUGCCGGUCUUGGGAGUAUAAGAGGAGUGAGGGAGAGAGAUGUCUGUAUGUACCGGACAGACCGGAGAAGAUGUACGACCUCUUCAUAGACAAACUACAGCUGGAUAUCAUCACACACUGUACCGUGUCUGACGAGGGGAUUCAUAACAGAAUCAGUAAACGUUUGAAUAUACCUGAAGAAAUAUUAAGAGAGGAUAUCGAUGCUAGAGAAAGGUUUUUGAAAAACUUCAAGGAAGAAAAUGUAAAAAUGUUUCGCGCCAGAGGCAUGAUAGUUGGAUGUGCAGGUGCAGGUAAAACAACUCUUCUUAGCAAGCUUCACGGAGGAGGUAUAACAGAUGAAGAUGAACCCACUGAGACAACUAUCGGCCUUGAGGUCCAUGAAGAUUUAUUUACUAUUAAGGAAAAAAAGUUAACAGAGUAA